CAUAAGUCUCACUGGUAUUAAAGUUUUGAUCAUUGGCUUGUACAUAAAAUUAACAGUGUUGCUUGAUGUAUCAUUGUUAUUGUUGCACUUGCUUGUACUAAUACAAUUUUAACCUUCAUUUACCAUCACUAUGAUGCAUGUUUAUUUUGAAUGAGAUGAUAUAACUGGUUGUCUGAAUCAUAUUGUUGUAUGAGCAAAUGUGGCUCUACAGUCCUUGAAUGUAUGCAUGCGGGUCAUAACAGUGAACUUAUUCAGGUUUUGGUGACUGGUCACAGGUAUGCAAUUUAGAAGCAAGAUAUGUGUUGAAGUGAAGAUAGUCUGCAUUGAGAUAGACUGCAUUUUGUGAUUGAAGGGGAGUCGGGUCACGGCCCUUCAAGGAUGCCUAUUAGGCAGCAGGACACAUACCGUGCCCUGGAGCUGCUCGAGGAGUUCCGAUGCCGCCUGGCCGCCCGGCCAGGCCAGCAGAAACUGGCGGCUGCCAUCGAGAAGCUCAUCCUGGUCUGCAACUCGCGGCUCUUCCAGGCGCUCAUCGACAUCCAGGAGUACUACGAGCUGACGCUGGUGGACGGAGCCGGGUCGGCGGUGACUGAGACGACACCGGCCAGCCGCAGAUGGGGCGACGGCAGCGGCGGCGAGCCGAUCCCAGUGAGACACGGGCGCUCACCGCUCCUGGCCGGACAGAUACCGACGGACACACCCUCUGGCCCGGCGCGACUGGGGUCCGCCGGAGCCGGCCGUGGACGUCGGCCGUCUGCUGGCGAGGCCACGCUUCCAUCAGAGAACACCAGCUGGGACGACGAGCCGGUCACAGCGCCGCUGCUCGGUUCGGUGGACAAACAGCUGAACGGCGAUGCGGAGGAGUGGGAGUAUGAGGAGAUCGUGCUGCACCGCGGCAGCCAGGGGCUCGGGUUCAGCAUCGCCGGCGGUCACGACAACCCGCACGUGGGCGAUGACCCGUCCAUCUACAUCACCAAGCUGAUCCCGGGCGGCACGGCGGCGCAGGACGGCCGGCUCCGAGUCGGCGACAUGAUCGCCCGCGUCAACGGCGUCAGCGUGGUGAACGUGACCCACGAGUGGGCCGUCGAGUCACUCAAACGGGCCGGCACCACCGUCCAGCUGUCGGUGAAGCGGCGCCGCCAGCCUCGCCGGGAGCUGCUGGAGCGGAUAGAACUGUUCAAAGGAAGUCGUGGACUGGGUUUCAGCAUCGCCGGUGGGAUCGGCAACCAACACAUACCCGGGGAUAAUGGUAUAUACGUUACAAAGCUGAUGGAGGGCGGCGCCUCUCAGCUGGACGGACGGCUGGCCGUCGGCGACAAACUGGUGGCCGUCGACGCCGGGCGGGGCGUGGUGGAGCUGACCAACGUCACACACGAGGAGGCCGUGGCCACGCUCAAGUCCGUCCAGGACCGGGUGGUGCUGACUGUCUCCAAGAUGGCGGACAGUAACAAUCAGCCGCUGCCAGCCACUGUCACCGGGUGGGCCGACACCAGCGACGGCGGCCGCCCCGCCGCCCCCGCCCCCGCCCCCGCCCCCGCCCCGGCGCCGGCGCGGCAGCCCAGUCCGGCGCCGGUGUACCAGCGGCAGCCCACCCCGGAGCCGGUCCCCCACCGCCAGCCCACGCCCGAGCCUGUGUACCACCGUCAGCCAACCCCAGAGCCGGUGCGCCGACAGCCCACACCGGAGCCGCUGGAGAGGCAGCCGGUGUACAAGAGGGAGGACCCGGAGCCGACGUCCCGACCCGUCUCGGUUCACAACACCUCCGGCUACUACGGCAACUCUUCCUACGAUCUGAGCGCCACGCCGCGGGCUGUCAGCACUGAGGACAUUUCCAGGGAACCCCGUCAGGUGGCGCUGAGCAAAGCCUCCGGCCAGGGUCUGGGCUUCAACAUCGUCGGCGGCGAGGAGGCCGACGGCAUCUUCGUGUCGUUCAUCCUCGCCGGCGGCCAGGCGGACCGGAGCGGACAGAUAUUCCGCGGCGACCAGAUCCUCUCCGUGAAUGGCACCGACCUCAGCAAGGCGACACACGAGCAGGCGGCCGCCGCCCUGAAGGGAGCCGGCCCGCUGGUCAGUCUCUGUCUCCAGUACCGGCCCGAGCAGUACAACCGAUUCGAGGCCAAAAUUCACGAGAUUAAGCAGAUGAUGUCGGGAACUCUGCGUACCACGCAGAAACGGACGCUCUACGUCAGGGCGCUGUUCGACUACGACCCGCGCAUGGACGACGGUCUGCCGUCGCGCGGCCUGCCGUUCUCCUUCGGCGACAUCCUGCACGUGACGAACGCCAGCGACGAUCAGUGGUGGCAGGCGCGCCGGCUGACCGCCCAGGGCCAGCCGCAGGCGCUCGGCAUCGUCCCGUCCCGAGGCCGCUGGGAGAAGAAGAUGCGCGCCCGUACACGGACUGUGGUCUUCCACGGACGCGCUCACGAUAUGUCAACUCUGGAGCGGAAAAAGAAGAACUUUUCGUUCUCGCGCAAGUUUCCGUUCAUGAAGUCGAAGGAGGAUGUAAAGUCGGACGAUAGUUCCGACAAUGACCCGCGCGCUCCUGCCGCUCCUGUGUGUCCUGCCCCUGCUCCUGGUCCGGCUGCGGGCGGGCUGCGCGGUCGACUGCGCGGCCGGCCGAUCCCUCUGCUGCCCGACCUGCCGGCCGCCGCUCGGCACCGCUCGGGCUCCGCGAGCUCACUGCUGCGCCUGGUGCCGCAGCUGCCGCGCCUGCUGAGUCGCCGCCGGGCCCGCUCCGCCUCCGGCCUGUUCUCCUCAGUCACAUCCCUGGCCUCCAACGACUCGCUGACGACGACGGCCUCGGAGCCGGAGGAGCGGAGCGUGCCCGAGGAGCCAGUGCUCUCCUACGAGCCCGUCCAGCAGGUAGAGGUCAGCUACUGCCGGCCCGUCAUCCUGCUAGGACCACUCAAGGACCGCAUCAACGACGACCUCAUCUCGCAGUACCCGGAGGAUUUCGGCAGCUGCGUGCCGCACACGACGCGGCCGCGCCGGGAGGACGAGGUCGACAGUCGCGACUACCACUUUGUCGAGUCUCGGGAGCAGAUGGAGCGCGACAUUCAGAACCACCUGUUCAUCGAGGCGGGACAGUACAACGAUAACCUGUACGGCACCAGUCUGGCCAGCGUGCGGGAGGUGGCAGAGGAGCAAAGGAAGCACUGCAUUCUGGACGUGAGUGGUAACGCCAUCAAGCGGCUGCAUGUGGCUCAGCUGUACCCGAUCGCCAUCUGCAUCCGGCCUCGGUCGGCAGAACAAGUCAUGGAGUGGAAUAAGCGACUUACAGAAGAUCAAGCCAAAAAGACGUUUGAGAAAUGUCAGAAAAUUGAGUCGGAAUUCGGCGAGUACCUCACAGCGAUCGUCUCUGGCGACACCCCUGAGGAGGUAUACGAGAGGGUGAAGGACGUCAUCCGCGAACAGGGCACCAACAGGAUCUGGAUACCCUCCAAGGAGAAACUCUGAGCGGUGGAGCGUCCUGCCGCGAAGCCACACCGAAUCUCAGCAGCGAGCGGGGCGGCCGGCGCUCCAGCAGUGACGGCCUGUGCUCCAAAAGUGUCUGAUGUCACUUGAACGGGGCGGCUGACGCUCAAACAGGGGCGCUCUGGCCUCCAACAGGGACAACUGGCGCCCCGAGAGGGGCCUCAGACGCUCUCGCUGUGACGACUGCCCGGCUGCCCGGCGGCGGUGUCCGCUCAGUGUCGGGACCGCAGUGCAGUGUCCGUGCUGCUCACCAGAGCUGAACUCUCGGCGGCCAUAGAGACUGGACGCUCGGCCGUCCGCCCCGGCAUCCCACUCACACAUCGCCAACUGUACAUAGUGUAUUCGUAGUUCUCAUUCAUUUCUAGUUAUUUAUAUUUUAGCGUGGCGGCGUCGGCGCAGCGUCGCGUGCCGGCAGCCUUCAGUUGUGCAAUCACAGUCAUAUGCCGGUCGACUGGACUCCGGUGACCUGACCCGGGGAGGUGGGGGAGCGUGUGUCACGUGACUCGCCUCCCCGGGCGGGGAAGGAGGACCGGGGAGCGGCGGGCGUGUGUUGAUGUGUAAAUAUACACAACCAUGCGAGA